UAACAAAUAAUUUGAGCAUCGUUCAUGAGACAGGAAACAAACGAGCGACAUCUAACAAAAUGAGUGAUCACGCAGGCGUAACACAACAGAAGUCGGUUGAUAAACCAGCCAUUGAGGAAAAUGCCUUCGAUGCUUUGGAGCGUGAUUUUCAGGAGGUGCUCACUGAGCUGAUGGGAGACAAGUCUCUGGAGAGGUUCAGAGCAGAGUAUGAGAAGCUUCACAAAGCCCUCAAGAAGAGCUACGAGGGUGAAAAGAGACUGACACAGAAGUGUCGUGAACUCAAUGCUGAGAUUGUAGCAAAUGCUGCUAAAGUUUCAACUGCUCUGAAACUGUCGCAGGAAGAUCAGGGUACCAUCGCCUCCCUCAAAAAGGAGAUAGAGAAGGCAUGGAAGAUGGUUGAUGCUGCUGCCGAGAAAGAAGCUCGUGCUCGGGAAACAAUCCAAUCUCUAAAACUAGAGAUCGCUAAUCUUAGUAAACUUGUUGAGCAGGGAGCAGGUUUAACCAUGGGACAGGAACACAGUGUAAACGAGCUUUUGAAGAUAAAAGAGGAGUUGACUAAAGAUCGAGAUGAGAAGUUGACAGAGAUCGUAGAGUUAAGACAGAGUCUGGUCGAGGCAGCAACUAAACAGGCUAAAGCGGAAUCUGAGAAGAGAGAGGCUGAUGUCAAGAUUCAAGAACUCAAAGAGGACAUCAACGUCAGAACGCACGAGGCGCAGCGUGAGGGACGCAAGCGUGAUAAACUUGAUCGCGAACUGAAGACUGCACGGCUGGAUCUCGAGAGUAAAAACAUCGAGAUUAAAAAUAAACAGUCGACAUUACAAAAGUUACAAGAAGAAUGUUCUAGAUUGGAAGCCAAUCUGAAGGAGCAAAAGAUUGCAAACGAGCGUGCAAUGAAGGACAACGAUUUGCUGAAUGGGAGAAUCCUAAAAACUCAGCAAGAAAAUGAGCAGCAGAUGAUUCAAGUAAACAUCUUGACAAACGAGAAUCACGAGAAAAACUCUGAGCUGAAGUUGAAGGAAGAAGAGAUCAACACACUGCGACAAGAGAACAUGAAACUUGCCAAACUGAGGGAAACUAUCCAGAGGAAGCUAAGAGGGGUGGAGGAUCACAAGUCAGAGAUCGAACAGGAUAAGGAAACUCUUAAGUCUAAUAUCAUCGGUCUCGAGAGAGAGUUAGAGGCGAUGAAGAAGAACGCAGAGAUUGACAGAAAGAAGAUAGACGAGUUGACCCGAGAGAAGGAGCUCCUCAACAAGAAGAUGCUGAAAACAGCAGCCGACACAACCAAACAGCAGGAUAUCGUCAAACUGCACGAGCAGAGCAAGAAGAACCUGGAACAUGAGAUACAGAAUUACAAGGAGGAGGCUCAGAAACAGAGGAAACUGAUCUACCAGCUGGAGAAGGAGAGAGACAGAUACAUCAACGAAGCAUCAGAGAUGACGCAGAAGUGCUUGGGUGCAAUGGAAGAGGUCAAAAUCAGGGAAAUGCAGAUCUUUGAUUACAAGAAGAAAAUCGCCGAAGCAGAAACCAAAUUGAAACAACAACAGAACCUCUACGAGGCCGUAAGGAGUGACAGGAACUUGUACAGCAAGAACUUGAUCGAAUCUCAAGACGAGAUAUUAGAAAUGAAGAGGAAACUGAAGAUUAUGAAUCACCAGAUAGAUCAGUUGAAGGAGGAGAUAUCUGCAAAGGAUACUGCUCUAUUAAAGGAACGAUUAGAUCACCAGGACGUGGAAAAACAUAAGGAGCAACUCAAGGCUGAACUUGCUCGAAUGAGACAAGAAGUUGAGCACAUGCGCCAACGAUGCGGGGAACUUGAAGCAGAAAACGGAAAACAACACAAAAUAAUCAUGUCAGCUGAUGCUGAGCGCUUGCGCCAGAAGAAGGAACUUGACCAAGUAAUCAACGAGAGGGAUAUCCUGGGCACACAGCUGAUCAGGCGAAAUGACGAGUUAGCCCUGCUGUACGAGAAGAUAAAGAUUCAACAGAGUACUCUGAACAAGGGUGAGAUCCAGUAUAGACAGAGGCUCGAGGAUAUAAGACUCCUCAAACUCGAGGUCAAGAAACUAAGACGGGAGAAGAACAUCCUGCUCAAGAGUGUUGCUAAUGUUGACGAGCUAAGACGUGAGUUGUUCCACGUACAGAGGGAGUUGUUACGGGAGCGAACCCGCUGCAAGGCUCUCGAGGAGGAGCUGGAGAAUCCAAUGAACAUUCACCGAUGGAGGAAAUUGGAGGGCAGUGAUCCUUCCACUUACGAGAUGAUCCAGAAAAUACAAACCCUUCAGAGGCGACUCAUUAGCAAGACUGAGGAGGUUGUAUCGAAGGAGAUGGCAAUCCAAGAAAAGGAGAAAUUGUACAUUGAUUUGAAGCAAAUAUUAGCCAGACAGCCUGGUCCUGAAGUGGCAGAACAACUCCAGAUUUAUCAGCAGAGUCUCAAAGAGAAGACCAAGCAGAUGAAGGCAAUGAGUUCCGAAUUGAACAUGUGUGAAGCACAAAACGCUGAGUACAGAUAUGAAAUCGAAACACUGGUCCGUGAAUUGCACGAUGCAAAGAACAAAUACUACAUGCAGAAACGAAAGGAGAGAAACCUCAAGGAGCGUGAGAGACACAUGGCUGGUGGAAUGAUCCCGCCUCUCAUUUCUUCUCAAAGACAAGAGAGUGUCAAUCGUUUUACUGGGGGUGGUUUUAAUUUAAAACAGGCUCAAAAAGCAUAGAGACAAUUUUCAAAGAAAAUAUUCCAUGAGCGUUGAAUAAAGGCAGUAAGCCAAAAGAAAGGAAGAACUUGAAGUCAAUCAGAAAGCGGCCAAAAUGAUAAAUCUGGGAUUUUGUGUAGGUUUUAGGCCUGAGCCUCGAUGGACGUAAGAUUUUAUUUAUAUCACACGAUUUUGUAAAUAGCAAAUUAUUUGUAUCAUAUGAACGUUCAUUUUAA